AUGGGCAUGGAACACUACGUUAAGGUCAGGGACCUUGGCGGUAAUAGUGGAGCCUUCUUGGCCAUAGAUAGGCACACUCCGGGCAAACAGGUCGUCAUCAAACGCCUCGCUGAUGGUGCUCAGGGUAUGGAGGAGCUUAAAGCCUCACUCUCCGUGCAGCAUCCUAAUAUUAUUCAUUUUCUUGAGUCUUUUGUGUACGAUGGGAAUUUGUACGUCGUGUUGCGCCACGAGGCGGGUGGAGACAUGGACAACCUCCUCACACGCCUCUUACAACUUCAUAAGCUCCCCACGACACAUACCUUGCUAAUGUGGUAUACGCAGUUGCUUGAAGCCUUGGCGCACUGCCACGCACAGAGAGUCAUUCAUCGCGACAUCAAACCUAGUAAUAUUUUUGUUUCUGAGGACACAAAAACGCUGUACCUCGGCGACUUCGGUUCCGCCAAGGAGCUCACGAGUAGCAACCUGACGAGUACCUUUGUUGGCUCACCCCUAUGGAUUUCGCCGGAGGUGCUUCAGGGAAAAUCCUACUCUUUUUCCUCCGAUAUAUGGUCACUCGGGUGUGUCUUCUACGAGAUGGCAUGCCUACACCGCCCGUUCACUGGUAGUUGCUUCGCGAGGCUUGUAAAUGAGAUUACUACGGGCAGCUUGGCGCCGAUGCCGGAUGAGAUGCCGCCUAUCAUUAAAGAGGUGAUCACAAGAAUGCUUGUGCUGGCUCCCUCUGAGCGACCUACGGCGGCAGAGAUGUUGGUAGUUGUAAAGAGCGCCCUCAAAGCGGAGAGGGAAAUGCAAAAGUCCAGUUCUAGUGCACCCCCACGCAUGCCGAGACUAUCUCCUCGAAACUUGCAGUUGAUGUCACCGCGGCAGGGAGUGCAGGAGCCCGCUCCAAAGGUCGCCAAACCCCAUUCAGUGCUGUCUCCUAAAAUACCGUACAGUGUUGUCAAGAAUAGAUCCCAAUCCAAAGCAAGGGGCAACUUUUCACGAUACAUGACGACGUCUGCCUUGUCGCGUUCACAGGAGCGCGUGGAUGCUCCACCUGUGACCGACGUAACGGUGAAGUUCCGAAGUCCUGAUGACCAAGCGUCGGCCAUGAGAGAGCGGGAACACUAUGUAGCCAUGCCUGCGGCCGUCUCUCCCGCACGCCAUACGCCCCACCCUAGUCCUAUAAGAGUCAGGAGUGCGGAGCCCUUUCAGCCAUCGCGCGAUGUCUGGACGCCGCCUGAUACGGUGAAUCUCCAUAUGGGAGGUAGCGGCAAAGCGGGCGGCCGCUCGACUACACCGAAUGACAGCAGCGAGGGGUUACGCAGUGGUAGGAAUCAAAGAGCUGCGAUGGUACACCCCCCUCAGAUUGGACAGGGCGCUGGAGCUCGCGGUGUUGAAGCAAGAAUAGCAUUGAAGAAGGAGCAGCUCGCGGAAUCCAGUGAAAGGUCCUCUGGCCAUCACUGGAUGUCUCCAGUGUUGCUUGUGAUACCAUCCUCAAACAAAGCUCGCAUAGGCCCUCCACGCAGGAAAAAGUCUCAAGCCAAAAAACACGUUGUCCCUGCCUCUGGCAUCAUCUCAUCGCGAUCGCAUCGGAGCGCGUCGGGGCUAGCAGCCGCCACGGCUGCUGCUGCCGUACCCCUCUGCCCGCCUGACGCGCUUAGCAUUGGAACAGACAAAACCCCAAAGAAGAAUCGAGAUCUAAUCAAGGGCCAUAAAUGUCCAUACACAAGGCAGGCACCAAUCACAACACCAAUCAACGAGCACCUAGUGGCGCAGCUGCCCAUAGAAGUACUGGGAACGGCAACGCCGCCACUGCGCCAGCACACGAAUGAGAAGGCAGAGCCGAGUAUGCCGGCAAAGAUGUUGGCCUGCCAGCGGAGUGGGCAGCCUCCCUUCGUGUCCCCGGAGGGCAGCGGCGUGAGGGAGAAACAUGGCAUCGUCUCCGCCUCGGCCGAAUCCCAAGGUGAUGCUCCACGAAUCCAGGUUCAACCGCCACCAGUUGCCCGGCGCGCACAGGCCGCUGCUGAGCGGAAUAAACAACAUCCCGUUCCGCACGACCAGAAUGUGAUCCCCCAGCCACCGAGGUUGCAAUCUUCGCCUAGUCUUCCUGCCCAAGCUGAACGAGCAACAAGGGCUCAUGAGGUUGUCCGAUCAGUGCGCCAGCCCCAGCCAACAGUCUCGACAGUAGAUGCUCGGAACACGAGCAGCGAGCUCCAGAGGAAGCUCUGGCUUUUGGAACUCAACCACAAUGUAACCGACAUUGAAAACUACCUUUGCCGAUUUCGGGAGCAUGACCAGCACGUCCUGCAUGCCAACGGUGCCGCAACCGGCGAGGCAAAGCCGCUGCAACACAUGGAGCGAUGCGAGAGCCGCAGUGCAAAGCCCUCCUUCCUUCGACAGGCGUCGUUGUUGUCUGUUAUGGAGCGUGCGCAGUCACCUCCCCCAAAGGGCGCCUGUAGUGGGAACCCUUCCAGCAAACCUGAUCGAUCCCCUCUCUCUAAGCCCAACAAAUCGACUGCUUUAAGAGAAGAGGCACGAAGGAUUGCAAAGGAGAAGCGCGAAGCACAACGAGCAAAGUUAAAGGAGUUAAUCCGCGAAGGACGUGCAAAGGCGUUUGAGGGGAAAGCCGUGAAUAGGAAGAAGCUCAAUGUCGAGAUCAAGAUACCACAUCAAUCUGGAUCUAAAGGCAACAAAUUGGGCUGUCGGGCAAAUCGUCUCGAAGCGGUGUAA